AUGACAGGCUUUAGCAGCAUGACCUUUAUCCUGGCUUCUUUGGUGGGGCUGCUGUGCCUCUUCUGCACUUCUGAGGCCCAAAGCAAUCAAGACUGCUGCCUCUCCUACAUGAGAACUGAGCUACCUCGUCGGACCAUCAAUGGCUACACAGAGCAGUUAUCAAAUGAAGUCUGUGACAUCGGUGCUAUCAUUUUCCACACAAAGGGUGGGUUGAAAGCAUGUGCAAAUCCAGAAGACAACUGGGUGAAGAAGCGUCUUCUUUGGCUGAGCAAAAAGCUCAAGAAGAUGUCAAUGUAA